AUCCGUCCAAAACCCUUAGCUUCGCUUCAGUGUCUUCACGGGCCGCCGGCGGAGAUGCGGUUCACGGCGUCUCCGGUGGUGGAGCUUCCGGUCAGCGGCGCGGUGUUGACUUUCGAACAGGACAACGACUCCUUCGAGGUGGGCACCUCUGUGUGGCCCUCGUCCCUGGUCCUCGUCAAGUUCGUCGAGCGCUGCAUCCGCGACCCGGCCCUCCCCUUUGCCGACGUGCUCCGCUUCCCGGGAACCCGGGCCGUGGAGCUCGGGUCCGGGUGCGGACCGGCAGGACUUGGCCUCUCCCGCCUCGGCCUCACCGAUCUCGUCCUCACCGACAUCGCCGCCGUGCUCCCGGCGCUCCGCCGCAACCUGCGGCGCAACCGAGUUCACCUCGCGCGCGCGCCCCGCCUCGCCCAGCUCCACUGGAACUGCCCCGCGCAUCUCGCGACGCUAGCCACCCCGCGCCGCUUCGAUCUCGUCGUCGCCGCAGACGUGGUCUACGUGCAGGAGUCCGUGCCGCACCUCAUCGCGGCCAUGGAUGCGCUCGCCGACGCCGAGCGCGGCGUGGUGCUGCUCGGCUACCAGAUCCGGUCGCCCGAGGCGCACCAGGUGUUCUGGGAGACCGUUCCGGCUGUCUUCCCGGUCAUCGAGAAGGUGGCACGGGAGCACCUCGACCCUGAGUACGCCUACGAGGAAUCCGAUGUAUUCAUACUCCGAAGAAGCCCGCGUCAGUGAGGUCAGGUGGUGAACUUUUGCCAGCAGUUUACUCCCCGAUGUUGUGUUUAUUCAGCUCAGAAGUUAUGAGCUUCUAGUCAUGGUGACUAGUGAGGAUAUGUAAUAGAAACUCCAUGGUUGUUUCUUGAUGAGUCGGUGCAUUGUGUGGGUUAGUAAACAACUCUAAUAAAAUGAGAUGAUCAGAUCAAG